CUCCGAAGUUACUCUGAGUUUCCGGGCUGCUCGGCAGCUGCCGCGGCUCCAGGAUGAUGGAGACCGAGCGACUCGUUCUGCCUCCCCCAGAUCCCCUGAACCUGCCCCUUCGAGCUCUGGAAGUGGGCUGCACUGGCCAUUGGGAGCUGCUGAGCGUGCCAGGGCCUCCGGAGAGCACCCUUCCCCAUGGCCUCCCUCCGUGUGCCCCAGAUCUGUGCCAGGAAGCAGAGCAGUUGUUUCUGUCGUCUCCGGCCUGGCUUCCUCUACAUGGUGUAGAACACUCAGCUCGAAAAUGGCAGAGGAAGACAGAUCCCUGGUCGCUCCUGGCUGCUCUGGGGACUCCAGUCCCAUCCGACCUUCAGGCCCAGCGACACCCAACCACAGGCCAUAUACUAGGCUAUAAGGAGGUCCUGCUGGAGAACACGAACCUGUCGGCCACAACCUCCUUGUCCCUUCACCGGCCUCCAGGGCCAGCCUCACAGUCGCUAUGGGGCAAUCCCACACAGUACCCUUUCUGGCCAGGUGGGAUGGACGAGCCCAGCAUAACCGAUCUGAGUACUCAGGAGGAAGCCGAGGAGGAGAUAGACUUUGAGAAAGAUCUUCUCACUGUCCCACCUGGCUUCAAGAAAGGGGUGGAUUUUGCCCCCAAAGAUCACCCAGCUCCCGUGCCAGGCUUGCUCAGCCUCAGCCGUCUGCUGGAGCCUCUAGAUCUAAGAGGAGGUGACGAGGAUGAGGGAGAGGCAGCAGGAGGCCCCAAAGGGGACGCUGCCUCAGCCUCCCCCUCCAGUACUCCCCUGGUCCGAGCAAGCAGCUUGGAGGAUCUAGUGUUGAAGGAAGUUUCCACAGUUGUGCCCACCCUGGAGCCUCCCAAACCUCCACCUCAGGAACAGUGGGCGGUACCUGUGGACGUCACCUCGCCCGUGGGUGAUUUUUACCGUCUCAUCCCUCAGCCAGCCUUCCAGUGGGCGUUUGAGCCAGAUGUGUUUCAGAAGCAGGCCAUCCUGCACUUGGAGCAGCACGACUCUGUGUUUGUCGCAGCUCACACAUCUGCUGGGAAGACAGUGGUGGCUGAAUACGCCAUUGCCCUGGCCCAGAAACACAUGACCCGUACCAUCUACACUUCUCCUAUCAAAGCCCUGAGCAACCAGAAGUUUCGGGACUUCCGAAACACAUUCGGGGACGUGGGGCUGCUCACGGGCGACGUGCAGCUGCAUCCAGAGGCCUCUUGCCUCAUCAUGACCACGGAGAUCCUUCGCUCCAUGCUGUACAGUGGCUCAGACGUCAUCCGAGACCUGGAGUGGGUCAUCUUUGACGAAGUCCACUAUAUCAACGACGCUGAGCGUGGCGUGGUCUGGGAGGAGGUACUCAUCAUGCUUCCGGAGCACGUCUCCAUCAUCCUUCUGAGUGCCACCGUCCCCAACGCCCUGGAGUUUGCUGACUGGAUUGGACGGCUGAAGCGGCGGCAGAUCUAUGUCAUCAGCACGGUUGCCCGUCCGGUCCCCCUGGAGCACUAUCUCUUCACAGGAAACAGCCCCAAGACACAGGGCGAGCUCUUCCUGCUGCUGGACUCCCGAGGGGCCUUCCACACCAAGGGGUACUACGCUGCGGUGGAGGCCAAGAAAGAGAGGACGAGCAGGCAUGCGCAGACCUUCGGGGCCAAGCAGCCCACGCACCAGGGCGGGCCUGCACAGGACCGUGGGGUGUACCUGUCCUUGCUGGCUUCCCUCCGGACCCGGGCUCAGUUGCCAGUGGUGGUGUUCACCUUCUCCCGAGGCCGCUGUGAUGAGCAGGCUUCGGGCCUCACCUCUCUGGACCUCACAACAAGCUCAGAGAAGAGCGAGAUCCACCUCUUCCUGCAGCGCUGCCUCGCUCGGCUCCGAGGCUCUGACCGGCAGCUACCCCAGGUCCUGCACAUGUCAGAGCUUCUUCGUCGAGGCCUGGGUGUGCACCACAGCGGCAUCCUGCCUAUCCUUAAGGAGAUUGUGGAGAUGCUUUUUAGCCGGGGCCUGGUCAAGGUCUUGUUUGCCACUGAGACUUUUGCCAUGGGGGUAAACAUGCCAGCGAGGACAGUGGUGUUUGACUCCAUGCGCAAACAUGAUGGCUCUACCUUCCGGGACCUGCUGCCUGGGGAGUACGUGCAGAUGGCAGGCCGGGCAGGCCGGAGGGGCCUGGACCCUACGGGCACCGUCAUCCUUCUCUGUAAGGGCCGAGUGCCUGAGAUGGCGGAUUUACACCGCAUGAUGAUGGGGAAGCCAUCCCAGCUUCAGUCCCAGUUCCGCCUCACAUACACCAUGAUCCUCAACCUGCUGCGGGUGGACGCCCUCAGAGUGGAAGACAUGAUGAAGAGGAGCUUCUCAGAGUUCCCAUCCCGCAAGGACAGCAAGGCCCAUGAGCAGGCUCUGGCUGACCUCACCAAGAGGCUGGGGGCUUUGGAGGAGCCUGAUGUGACCGGCCAGUUGGCUGACCUGCCUGACUAUUACAGCUGGGCAGAGGAGCUGACAGAGACCCGGAGCAUGAUCCAGCGCCGCAUCAUGGAGUCUGUGAACGGGCUGAAGUCUCUGUCGGUGGGAAGGGUGGUGGUUGUCAAGAAUGAGGAGCAUCACAAUGCGCUGGGCGUGAUCCUGCAGGUCUCCUCAAACUCUACCAGCAGGGUAUUUACAACAUUGGUCUUGUGUGAUAAGCCUGUUGUAUCUGAGAGCCCAAGGGACAAGGGGCCAGCCACUCCAGAUGUGCCCCACCCAGAUGACCUUGUGGGCUUCAAGCUGUUCCUGCCGGAAGGGCCCUGUGAGCACACAGUGGCCAAGCUCCAGCCAGGAGACGUGGCUGCUAUCUCCACCAAAGUGCUCCGGGUGAACGGGGAGAAGAUCUCUGAGGACUUCAGCAGGAGGCAGCAACCGAAGUUCAGGAAGGACCCUCCGCUCUCGGCUGUGACCACUGCUGUUCAGGAGCUGCUGCGUCUGGCUCAGGCCUAUCCAGCCGGACCCCCAACCCUUGACCCCAUCAAUGACCUGCAACUCAAGGAUGUAGGGGUAGUAGAAGGCGGGCUGCGGGCCCGGAAGCUGGAGGAGCUGAUCCGCGGGGCUCAGUGUGUGCACAGCCCCCGGUUUCCUGCCCAGUACGUGAAGCUUCGGGAGCGAAUGCAGAUUCAGAAGGAAAUGGAGAGGCUGCGCUUCCUCCUGUCCGACCAGUCACUGCUGCUGCUCCCCGAGUACCACCAGCGUGUAGAGGUGCUCCGGACCCUGGGCUAUGUGGACGAGGCUGGCACCGUGAAGCUGGCAGGCCGAGUGGCCUGCGCCAUGAGCAGCCAUGAGCUGCUCCUCACAGAACUCAUGUUUGACAAUGCACUGAGCGCUCUGCGACCGGAGGAGAUCGCAGCUCUACUCUCGGGCCUGGUGUGCCAGAGCCCCGGGGACCCUGGGGACCAGCUCCCAAGCACCCUCAAACAGGGAGUAGAACGUGUCAAAGCUGUGGCCAAGCGGAUUGGUGAGGUUCAGGUGGCCUGUGGCCUGAACCAGACAGUGGAAGAGUUUGUGGGAGAGCUGAAUUUCGGGCUGGUCGAGGUUGUCUAUGAGUGGGCUCGUGGCAUGGUGAGUGCUGGGUUUGCAGGUGGCUGGGGGAGGUCACCAGACCUGACACAUUUAGUCUCCACUCUGCUCUUCCUGCAGCCCUUCUCUGAGCUGGCAGGGCUCUCGGGGACCCCUGAAGGCUUGGUCGUCCGCUGCAUCCAGCGACUGGCUGAGAUGUGUCGCUCGCUUCGAGGAGCGGCCCGUUUGGUAGGAGAGCCUGUGUUGGGUGCCAAGAUGGAGACGGCAGCCACCUUGCUAAGGCGGGACAUCGUCUUCGCAGCCAGCCUCUACACCCAGUAAAGGAUGUGUGGAUAAGAGUGUGACAGUGAGUGAAAAGGAAGAGAAAUCUCUCUGAGAUCAAGGCCAGCCUGCUCUACAGUGCCAGGACAGCCAGGAUGACAUAAAGAAACCACAAACAUUAAACAAAAAUAAAGAGCAAACCAGAGUGCUUGGUGUAUGGUA